GUUUUCUUAGCAAAAUGUAAAUAAAACAUAGGGGCAAACGUCAACACCACUAGUGCAAAUAAAUUUUGGUGGUCGUGUUCGUGCGCGUAGCAUAGCAAAGUGUUUUAGUAGUCUGCAUCGCACAGUGCAGUCUAACGUACGUUCGCAAUUGAAGGUGUACGGUGAAAAGCUGUCAUCAUUAAUUCCAUAAAUUGUCUCCUGGCAUAGUAGUAAAUAGUAAGAUUUGGUUUCAAGAAGAAGUUUCCAAAAUGGAAGUGGAGCGCAGCUCAGCGCAAGCACAAGUGAAUACGACAACUGCUGCUGGUAGCAGUACUGGCGCAACAGUUGCAUUAGGUUCGGCCGAAAAAUGUGCAACAAUUGCUAACAUCAAAAGCCAGCAACAUCGGCGAUUACAAGAUGUCGGUACUCUACAGCGGGAAGACUUCGAUGGCGGACCGGUGAGUGUAGAUGAAAUCGAACCGGGACUAUACUUGGGUAAUUUGACAGCAGCAACUCACAUGGAAACGUUGAAAAAUUUUAAGAUCACACAUAUUUUGACUCUGGACUCAGUUCCUUUACCGCAACAUAUAUUACAAGCGAGCUUCCUAACAACAAAAUACGUGCACAUUGCGGAUAUGCCUAAGGAGGACAUCUUGCACCACCUGGAUACCUGCACGGAUUUUAUAAGCAAGGCUUUAGAGCAAAAAGGCAAUGUUCUUGUACACUGUUACUUCGGCGUUAGUCGGAGCUCCGCAGCGGUCAUAGCUUUCAUUAUGAAACAUAACGAUAUCGAGUAUCAAGCCGCCUUUGAUUUGGUGCGCUCAAAACGACGUUUCGUACAACCAAAUCCAGGCUUUGUGUCGCAGCUGAAACUCUAUCGCCGCAUGGGCUGCAAAAUCGAUCCGCAAUAUCAGCGUUAUAAACUGUAUCGCCUACGCUUGGCUGGGGAACAAGUACGCAAAGCAAAAAUAUUGCCACAAUCGUUUAAUAGUCUGAUAAGAUCAGAUCCAGCCGUCACACAGGAGAAUCCGGAACCCAUUGUCUAUCGUUGUCGUAAAUGUCGUCGCAUUUUGGCGUCCAAAUCGCAUGUGCUGCUGCACAACAACAAGUCGCUUCCUGUUACCAGCAAUGCGCUACCAACCACCAGUCACACCAAUGUAGGCGUGCAGACGGCGCCGCGGCUGCUCGAACAGAUCGCCGCUCAAAUACGGAAAGCUUCAUUGGAGUCACCCACCGGCACUGAUGCCAUCAACGAUGCCACGGAGCAGCAGUCGACGGCAUGCCGCAGCAUCCUGUUUGUGGAGCCGAUCUCCUGGAUGCGCAACAUUUCACACAGCACACAAGGCCGUUUGAAUUGUCCGAAAUGCGACCAAAAGGUGGGAAAUUUCAGCUGGAUCAAUGGCUGCCAAUGCCCAUGUGGCGAAGAAAUAUCGCCAGCUUUUUAUUUGAUACCAUCGCGUGUAGAACUUUCCAAAGCUGUGCAGAACGUGCAAACCACACUUUAGAUUAGUUUGAAUAGAAAGUAGCAAGCGAAAGCUAGACAGUGAAAUGCUGGGCAUUUAUUCUCAAUGGUAUUACUUGGCUUACUUACUACAGUUAUGAAAACAAAAAUUAAAAUCAAAGUUUACAAAUCUUGAUGUGAAAUUGAAAUGCUUCAAUUGUAAGUAAAUCGAGACUCAAAUUAAACAAGAUAUCCAAAUAAAUUGCUUCCUAGCUAAAAUAUCAAAAUUUUCAAAUUACGUUUAGAUACAUAAAAAACAAAUUUAAACGAAAAAUACCAAGUUGUGAGCAGCUAAUCAAAUUUAAAUGUGUAUAUUUCUAUGAUGCGAACUUUCGGCGGUUUUGAUGAAGAAAACAUUUUAAAUUUUGCAAAUUAGCCAAUUUCCUUUAUGUUUCGAAAAAGAAAAUGUAAGGAGUGUUUGUAUGUAUUAUUGUAAAGUACUCAGCUUGAAGAGAUUAAAUUAUAAAUUUAUGCGAUUCCGCAAGAGCACCGACAAUACUUGGAAAAACUGUAUUAGAAACUUAUUCCGCUUUACAAACAUUUAAAAAAUAAUGAUAUAUUGAUAUAUGUGUGUAUGUACGUCUCAACAAAGAUAAACUAAAAGAAAAAAUAUUAAAAAAUUGAUAUUUUAAGAAGAACUCAUUUCUAUGUGAAAUUAUUAAAAUUCGUGAUAUGAGAAAUGCCCAAGAUUUAUAAACGUUUUCCAAAUAACACUGCAUUUUUCGAUUUCAAUA